CGUCCCGCGACCCCGGGCCUCCCGCCGCGGGCAGCCGAGGGCGGCAUGAGGGACUACGACGAGGUGACCGCCUUCCUGGGCCAGUGGGGGCCCUUUCAGCGCCUCAUCUUCUUCCUGCUCAGCGCCAGCAUCAUCCCCAACGGCUUCAACGGCAUGUCCAUCGUGUUCCUGGCGGGGGUCCCCGAGCACCGCUGCCGGGUGCCCGAGUCCGCGAACCUGAGCGGCGCCUGGCGCAACCACAGCGCCCCGCUGCAGCGGCUGCAGGACGGCCGCGAGGUGCCCCACAGCUGCCGCCGCUACCGGCUCGCGGCCGUCGCCAACUUCUCGGCGCUGGGGCUGGAGCCCGGCCGCGACGUGGACCUGCAGCAGCUGGAGCAGGAGAGGUGCCUAGAUGGCUGGGAGUUCAGCCAGGACGUCUAUCAGACCACCAUCGUGACCGAGUGGAACCUGGUGUGUGAGGAUGACUGGAAGGCCCCGCUCACAAUCUCCUUGUUUUUCGUGGGUGUCCUCGUGGGCUCCUUCAUUUCAGGGCAGCUCUCAGACAGGUUUGGCCGGAAGAACGUGCUGUUUGUCACCAUGGGCAUUCAGACAGGCUUCAGCUUCCUGCAGAUCUUCUCAACAAACUUCGAGAUGUUUGCUGUGCUGUUUUUCAUUGUAGGCAUGGGCCAGAUCUCCAACUACGUGGCAGCAUUUGUCCUGGGAACAGAAAUUCUUGGCAAGUCGAUUCGUAUUAUAUUCUCCACGUUAGGCGUGUGCCUAUUCUAUGCAGCUGGCUUCAUGGUGCUGCCACUGUUUGCUUACUUCAUCAGAGACUGGCGAAUGCUGCUUCUGGCGCUGACGGUGCCUGGCGUGCUGUGCGCUGUGCUCUGGUGGUUCAUCCCUGAGUCCCCCCGGUGGCUCAUCUCUCAGGGACGAUUUAAAGAGGCAGAGGUGAUCAUCCGUAAGGCUGCCAAAAUCAACGGGAUUGCUGCACCAUCGACCAUCUUUGACCCAAGUGAGCUGCAAGACCUAAGUUCUCAGAAGCCUCAGUCCCACAGCAUUCUGGAUCUGCUCCGGACACGGAAUAUCCGAAUGGUCACCAUCAUGUCCAUAAUUCUGUGGUUGACCAUAUCAGUGGGCUAUUUCGGUCUUUCCCUUGAUACUCCAAACUUGCACGGGGAUAUCUACGUGAACUCCUUCCUCUCAGCAGUGGUGGAAGUCCCGGCCUACACUUUGGCCUGGCUGCUGCUGCGGCAUCUGCCCCGGCGCUACUCCAUGGCUGCCGCCCUCUUCCUGGGUGGCAGCGUUCUUCUCUUCGUGCAGCUGGUACCUCCAGAGUUAUAUUAUUUGGCUACCACCCUGGUGAUGGUGGGCAAGUUCGGAGUCACUGCUGCCUUUUCCAUGGUCUACGUGUACACAGCCGAGCUGUACCCCACAGUGGUCAGAAACAUGGGUGUGGGGGUCAGCUCCACAGCGUCCCGCCUGGGCAGCAUCCUGUCUCCCUACUUCGUUUACCUAGGUGCCUAUGACCGCUUCCUGCCCUACAUUCUCAUGGGAAGUCUGACCAUACUGACAGCCAUCCUCACCUUGUUCCUCCCAGAGAGCUUUGGCACUCCCCUCCCAGACACCAUUGACCAGAUGCUAAGGGUCAAAGGACUAAAAUAUAGGCAAACUCCAAGCCACACAAAAAUAAUCAAAGAUGAUGAAGAAAGCCCUACAGUCCUUAAAAGCACAGCCUUCUAACAAAAACUCCAGAAAGUGAGAAUGUGAAGAUGAAAGACUGCGUCUUUUCAGAAAUGACCUGUGCAGACAUAGUCCUCCCAUGCAAAGGUCUUUGCUGUUCCUCUUGUUGACCCUGUGUCUGACUUGCAGGUAAAGGGACGCCCAGCCUUGGAGGCCCAGGAUGGUCCUAGAGCACCAUCUUCCCUCCAGCGACGCCAUGCUACCUACCGACAGCCAGCCUCAAAGCAGUCCUAACUAUUGCAGUGAUAGACUUGGCACUUUCUAAGAUGUUAACUAUUCACUAGGACCAGUGGAAUUUGGAAGAAUAUGAAAGGCAUCUGCUAAACUUUCAUCUCAUUUUCAGACUGCCUGAUAAAAGUGGAGGUCUGGUCGCCUCCCACACCACCCCCAAUUUUUCCCCCUUUCUUUCUAAUGGUGCACUUUAGAGGAAAAGAAAUAAUUUCACAGGGAGUUUGAUUUCUAGCUUUUGCUGCUUCCCCAGGGCAGGAAAGGAAAGCACGGGUCUGGGGAAACGUAAUUAAUUUGGAGGGACCUGAGCAUACGGGCAAGUGCGUUGAUCUGUGAGCUUUUGGACACUCGGUGUGACAGCUGGGUAGACUUGUUUACGUCUGGUCAAAGCACAGGGCUUGUCCAGGUCCAUGGAGAUGCCUCACUGACUCCACUCUUGCUGUCAAUGCUAUGUAAGUCAAACCUCCUGGCUACUGUGGUUUCUUAUAGUAGGGCUUGAAGGAAGAGAGAGAGAAACACAAACUUGUCUCUUCUCUUAAAACUAUAACGUAGAUUUUAUUUGUUUGUUCUGUUUGUGUUUGUUGUCCUGUCUUUUUCUCCUUAAGUUAUUUGCCCUUCAGAAUUGACUUGGGAAAGGCUGGUUCCUUCAUCUCCUGAUUUUUGUCCUUUUGUUUUUUUUGUGUGGGUUUGUUUUUUGUUUUUUUUUUUUUUUCUGUAACCCAGAAUCACUCUGGCAAUGCUCUGCUGUUGCCACUUGUGCAAGGCCUCCCCAGUCUUAGCCACUAGUACUUCUCUGAGUGCCAAAAGUGAUGUUGUUAUGUGUGCUCCUUUUGUGAUACCUAAUCAUGGGGGGAAAUUAUAAAAAAGGGACAUAUUGUGUUCACAGUCUUUCAGAGUUGCUCAUGUCAGUUGUGUCACAUUAGGAGAUAUUUUGUGUUUAGAUUGUCCUCUCUUUUCUGAUUAUGUUACCAUGGUACUCCCAAAGAAUGUGUUUCACCUGAUUAAAAAAAACCUUAUUUUUGUGAAAGCUACUGAAGUGCCUUGGGAAAUGAAGAAGUUUUAAUAAAUAAAAUGAUUUUUUAAAUAAUAGCAACUGCCUAAAACUUUCUACCAUUGUUAAGUCUUGCCACACUCCACCUGAUGUGCCAGCUUGGGCUGAUUCUAGCAAUGAUUUGCUACUAGUCUCUAAGGCUGAUUGAAUCCCGUGAGCUAGGAACCUCCAUCCCAUCAUUAUUGUGCACUCUGCCAGCCUUCUUAUUCAAGUGUCGUAGCCAGGAUUCCAGAAAGCACAUUGCUUCUGUACAGUUAGGCAGUUUAUUGCAGAACAAAUCCAGGGAGCAGGAGUAAAGGAUAGGCCUGAGGAAACAGGAAGAGGCGGAAAACCAGCACAAGGAUGCAUUGUGUUAUCAGCUGGGACGGCAACAAGGUUCUCUGCUCAACCCAACCAGAACUUGUGAGGAGCACUGUGAAACGUAUUUCAAAACCCUCUGCACCGUGGAGCAAAGGGGGAAGCAUUUAUCUAUCGGCUCUCAUUCCCCCUUCAACAAAGGUGGCCCCAUAGAUGUCAGCUCCCCACACUUCCAAGUUGUACAUACCUGAGU